UGCAUCUGCAUCGAUCAUCGCCACAAGGCACAAGCUUUAGCACCCACCGAACGAAGCGCGCACAAGCCAUCCAGCAGUAGCAGAAGGCAUGGCUCGUGCAGGUACUAGUAGGGCCGCCGCCGCAGUGGCUCUAGUGGUUGCCGUCCUCUGCGCCUCUGCCGCGGCGGAGGCCGGGAUCACCAGGCCGCCGCCGGUGGCGCGUGGCCUGUCGUUCAACUUCUACAAGAAGACCUGCCCCAACGCGGAGGCCUUGGUGCGGGGGUUCGUGCACGACGCCAUCCAGCGGGACGUGGGCCUCGCCGCGGGGCUCCUCCGCCUCCAUUUCCACGACUGCUUCGUCCAGGGGUGCGACGCGUCCCUGCUGCUGGACGACGAGCACGGCGAACAGAAGGCCCUCCCCAACCUGACGCUCCGCCGGGAGGCGAUCACGGCCAUCAACGACAUCCGUGACCGCCUCGACAAGGCCUGCGGCGGCCCCGUCGUGUCCUGCGCCGACAUCCUCACGCUCGCUGCCCGCGACGCCGUCGUCGAGAGGGGAGGGCCGAGGUACAAGGUGCCCCUGGGGCGUCGCGACAACGUCAACUUCGCGUCGCAUGAUGAAGUCAACAAGGGGCUCCCGAGCCCUGAUGCCAACGUCGGCGCGAUGCUGGAGGUGCUGCGCAAGGGCAACCUCGGCCUCGACGCCACCGACCUGGUGGCGCUCUCCGGCGCGCACACCAUCGGCCUCAGCCACUGCACCUCCUUCGAGAACCGCCUCUUCCCGCGGCAGGACUCCACCAUGGACGCCGCCUUCGCCGCCCAGCUGAAGCAGACCUGCCCGGCCAAGGGCGUCAGCAGGACGACGCCGCUCGACGUCCGCACGUCCGACGUCUUCGACAAGAUGUAUUUCGUCAACCUGGUCAACCGGCAGGGGCUCCUCACCUCCGACCAGGACCUCUUCACCGAGGCCAGGACCAGGCCCGCCGUCCAACGGUUCGCGCGGAGCCAGAAUGCCUUCUUCCGCCAGUUCAGGGUCUCCAUGGUCAAGAUGGGGCAGAUCAAGGUGCUCACCGGCGACCAGGGCCAGGUCCGACGCAACUGCUCGGCGACCAACAACCUGAUGCGCACCACCAGUACCGCCGCCGGCCUGCCGUGGUGGUUCGUCGUCCCCGAGGCAGAGACGAGCCUCGUGUUCUAGCUACCUAGCUAUUAGGCCACUUCUGCUCUGCCUCGUCUCCUCGUACAGAGUUCAGUUCGUUAACGUUCAAUAUUGGGAUGGCACAAUUGCAAGA